CCAGAAAAACUGCUAGUGUCGUACAACCAGGAAGAAGGUGGGAUAGCACUAACAGAGCUAACAUCCCAAAUCUACAAACUUUCCCAGAAAAUGAUGGGGUCUUCCAGGUGGAAGAUUGCAGUGGUGGUCUUUCUCUCGGUUGCCGAGAUGUUAAUGCCGAUUGAGGCAGAUGAACACGAACACACGUACACAGAUAAAGAGGAGGUGGUUUUAUGGAUGAAUACAGUGGGGCCUUACCACAACAGACAAGAAACGUACAAGUACUUCUCCCUGCCCUUCUGCGUGGGCACCAAAAAGACCAUUAGCCACUACCAUGAGACAUUAGGAGAGGCUCUGCAAGGAGUCGAGCUGGAGUUCAGCGGCCUAGACAUUAAGUUCAAAGAUGAAGUCAUGCAAACAACAUACUGUGAAAUCGAGCUGGACAAAGCCAAACGGGAUGCCUUUGUAUAUGCCAUUAAAAACCACUAUUGGUACCAAAUGUACAUUGAUGACCUACCUAUCUGGGGAAUUGUUGGCGAGGCAGAUGAAAACGGAGAGGAUCAUUAUCUGUGGACUUACAAGAAAUUGGAGAUCGGCUUCAAUGGCAACCGAAUUGUUGAUGUCAACCUGACAAGUGAAGGCAAAGUCAAGCUUGUGCCUAACACACGAAUUGCAAUGUCGUACUCGGUAAAGUGGAAGAAGUCAGAUGUGAAGUUUGAAGACCGAUUUGACAAGUAUCUCGAUCCAUCUUUUUUCCAACACAGAAUUCACUGGUUUUCCAUCUUCAAUUCCUUCAUGAUGGUUAUCUUCUUGGUUGGCCUGGUGUCCAUGAUCCUGAUGAGAACUCUAAGGAAGGACUAUGCUAGAUACAGCAAAGAGGAGGAAAUGGAUGACAUGGACAGGGACCUGGGGGAUGAGUAUGGGUGGAAGCAGGUCCAUGGAGACGUGUUCCGGCCAUCCAGCCACCCAAUGAUCUUCUCCUCUCUUAUUGGCUCUGGAUGCCAGAUCUUCUCGGUCUCGUUCAUCGUCAUCGUCGUGGCCAUGAUUGAGGAUCUGUACACUGAGAGAGGAUCCAUGCUGAGCACAGCCAUCUUUGUGUAUGCUGCCACCUCUCCUGUCAAUGGCUAUUUUGGCGGAAGUUUGUAUGCCAAACAAGGAGGCAGACGAUGGAUUAAACAGAUGUUUAUCGGGGCCUUCCUGAUCCCUGCCAUGGUGUGUGGGACAGCCUUCUUCAUCAACUUCAUCGCCAUGUACUACCAUGCCUCCCGAGCCAUCCCUUUUGGCACAAUGGUGGCUGUUUGUUGCAUUUGUUUGUUUGUUAUCCUGCCACUCAACCUUGUGGGGACCAUUCUGGGAAGAAACCUCUCUGGCCAGCCCAACUUUCCGUGUCGAGUCAAUGCAGUGCCGCGGCCAAUCCCUGAGAAGAAAUGGUUCAUGGAGCCAGCUGUCAUUGUUUGUCUGGGAGGCAUCCUUCCAUUCGGUUCCAUUUUCAUUGAAAUGUACUUCAUUUUCACUUCAUUUUGGGCCUACAAGAUCUACUACGUGUACGGGUUCAUGAUGCUGGUCCUGGUUAUCCUCUGCAUUGUCACUGUGUGUGUCACCAUUGUUUGUACUUACUUCCUCCUCAAUGCUGAGGACUACAGAUGGCAAUGGACAAGCUUUCUCUCUGCUGCAUCCACUGCAGUUUAUGUUUACAUGUACUCCUUUUACUACUAUUUCUUCAAAACAAAGAUGUAUGGUCUGUUCCAAACGUCUUUUUACUUUGGCUACAUGGCAGUAUUCAGUACGUCUCUGGGAAUCAUGUGUGGAGCCGUUGGGUAUGUGGGAACAAGUGCCUUCGUGAGGAAGAUCUACACAAAUGUGAAAAUUGACUAGGACAGUCGCAAGGGAUCCAAGGAUCAGCUGAAGCUCUCCAACAGAAGCGGGCACAAGUCGUUUCUUUUGCAAAAAGAGAUUGUGGCAUCUCCAAUUUGUACAAAUGUAGUUUUUCCCUUUUCUGAAUUAAUUUCAAUGUUGCAAAAGAGUGUACUAUAGCAAAAAACUGCAGGAAAAAGAAAACAUUAACAUUGGUUCUGUUUUUAUCAAUUGCUUUCAAUCAAUGUUCUGAAGCAGCUGUUCAAAACGUAACAUGGCUUCCCCUUUCCAAUCCAGUCCCACCCAUCACCAGAGAACAUAAAGAUCUUUAUUGAUGGAAUAGUCUAGCUCUCUUCAGUGAAGAGGCCAUAUUGAAAGCCUUUGUUCUAUUGUAUUAGAAUAUUGAAGAGUUGGGUUUGUUCAUGCUCUGACCUGAUUCUGUUGUAUUCCUGAGUCACUCUGGAUGAAAUAUUAUUUUAUUCUGGCUUCUACAUUCAAUUUUUACCAGCUACACUAGACAAUUUUUACAUACAAUAACUGGAUGUUAUACUAACUUGAGUUGGCGCCAUUCCCAUAUUUGGACAAUUCUAAUUUCCAAAUGCAGUAGUUUUACAGCCAGCCACCCAAUAAAUUUGUUUGCUGUACAUAUGGAGAAAAACAUUCAGGAAAGGAAGGUGUGAUCAACAGUUGGUUUUGAGUUACAUUAUAAAUGACAUAUUGUUUUAAAUGGAUGUUUGAUGUGAUCCAAUUUCCUGUUUAGGCUAUGUUUUCUUAAUGGUAGGGUUUGAAUGAAGACUACUUGUGAAAGAUAAUAUGGAUAGGGGGAAAAGUGUAUAUAACCGUAAUGUAACUUUAGAUGUAGAUCCCAAAUGUAUUUUGGUUGUACAGAUUUACAAGUUUUUAUUAUUUUUUUUACAAAUGAUUCAGUUCUAAGCAAAAAUAUUUAGUUUUGUCUCUUUGGUUUGGUGCUUGGGGUGGCGCUGUUACAUCUUGCCUGAAAUUGCAUGACGUUUCCAUCAAACCAUAUGCUCAUCAAAUUCUGCUUUUUUGGGGGGGGGGCAGUUUCUCACUUUCCCUGGUUGUAGCAAUAAUAAUAAAAAGUUGGUCGCUGACUUUGUGCUGGCUGCUUGCAGAAAGGAAUGACGCUGACACGUUAUUUGGUUUUGUGGAUUAUUUAAAGCUUUAAAGGGCUCUGUUCUUUGGUCAGACAUGUCCCUCAUAACCUGAAACAUUGAAUGUGGCGAUUGUGCCAAGUUGCUGCAAACGUACUGUACAAAGUGAAAUACACUUAGCUACAUACAGUG